CCUCCAGGCUAUUCGACGGCGUACUUUGGCAAUUGCUAGCACAAAUGUAAUGUAUUUGAAAGAAGAUCGAAAAAAGAAUCUGCGUUUCCUAUUUUCUAAAUGAUUUAGUUCCGAAUACUGUAUAGCUUUUGUAUCAUAUCUUAAUUAGAAUUUGGUUAAAUAUUUAUGUAACCAUAAAUUGUAUUUAGUUUUUUUUUACUGACGAAAAUUUAGCUAUUAUCUUUAAGGCAGUGAAUUGUGUAUCGACUCAUUUCCAUUCAAACUUCUACCAUCCGCUCUGGAUUUAGCUAUUAAGAUUGAAUUGUUUGUGAUUUCAUUUGACCCCUAAAUACUUUAUUGUCCCAUAGUGACAGUCAUGCAAAAGAUCAGACCUCGAAAUCAGCUGAUCUCUCACCCUCUUGGCGCUAUUGUCAAAUCGAACCCUCCAGUGAUCCACCGAGCUCGUACGGUAGUUCAACAGAGCUCGACGAAAGUGCUACGCAUCAGUUGCGCAUGAGAAGUGCGUGAAAGUUUGUUUUAGAUAUUAGGAAGUACGUAUCACCAUUCGACGAAAUGGAUAGGCAGCAAAAACGUUACUGUGUAAUUGGUGCUGGAAGUUCCGGUGUGUGUGUGGCUAAAACGAUUUUGGACACGGGUGGCAACGUUACAAUCUACGAGCGAACGGACCAAAUCGGCGGCACAUGGGUGUACACGGACGAAGUCGGAAACGAUCGGUAUGGAUUACCGGUGCAUACCAGCAUGUACGAAGGCCUUAAAACGAACCUACCGAAGGAAGUAAUGGGAUUUCCCGGCUACGAAAUGCCUAGCCAAGACGCUUCCUAUGUUCCCUGGGACGAGGUGUUGCAAUUCAUUCGAGACUAUUCCGACCACUACGAUGUUACCAAACGGAUCGCGUUUGAACACUUGGUCGAAGAGGUAAAACCAACACCGGAAGGUACCGGUGGCUGGAAUGUCACUGUACGCCAUUUGCCCAGUGGAACAAUAUUAACAGAAACAUAUGAUUUCGUGUUUAUUUGUAAUGGCCACUAUCACACACCAGUCGUGCCACAGUAUCCAGGCGUUGAGUCCUUCCAAGGCAAGCAGCUACACAGCCACGACUAUCGAAAAUCGGACAUUUUCAAAGAUCAGAUAGUGCUGGUAAUUGGUGCCGGUCCUAGCGGAACGGAUUUAACACUGGAAGCAGCCAAGAUGGCAAAAAUCGUAUACUUUAGUCACCACGUACCGGCAAAGUUAAAACAGCUAGUCUUUCCUGAUAAUGUAGUGCAAGUUCCAGACGUAUUGCGCAUCCUUCCGGAUAGUGUUGAAUUUGUGGGUGGUUCGCAGCAUCCGGUAACGUUAAUUUUCUACUGUACCGGUUACCGAUACAGCUUUCCCUUUCUGCAUCCUGAUUGUGGUGUACAGGUGGAUGACAACUGGGUGCGGCCACUUUACAAACAUGUGGUAAACAUUAAUCAUCCCACGAUGGCAUUCAUUGGGUUACCGUUUUACGUUUGCGCAACGCUUAUGUUCGAAUUGCAAGCUCGGUUCUGUAUGAAAUUUUACAACGGCCGGCUACCGAUACCCAGCAAAGAAGAAAUGCUGCUCGAUCAUGAGCGAGAAAUGAACGAGCGGUGGAGCAAAGGGUUGAAGAAACGGCAGGCCCAUAUGAUGGGUGCGGAAUUUCAAGGACAAUAUUACCAAUCUCUCGCGGACCGUGCACAGAUCGAACCUAUACCAAAGGUCAUGACGGAUAUGCAUAUUGAUAGUGGGAGGCGAAAGAAGGAAGAUUUGCAACAUUAUCGGAAUGAUGUAUACCGCAUUGUGGAUAAGAACACUUAUACAAAGUGUGACAUAUCUGAAGUAUAUCGGAUUAGAAUGAAUAUUACUGAGGGUGGCGAUAAUAGUUAACUUUAAAAUUAGCUGAAUCUCUGGCUUUAAAAGAAGCUGUUAACUACUGAUUUUUUAAAU